UAUAGAAAGCAUGGAAACGGUGUUCCUCUCCCUUGCAGCAGACCUGGUCUAACCGCCCCCAGCAGAUCCUGGUGCCCGCCUGGCAGCAGGUGACUCCAAUGGCGCCCCCAUCAGCCACCAUGGCGUCCGACACUGUGGCAGGCCAACAGAGACUGGGAGAAUGGGGGAAAGUGCGUCCCCAUGGCAACCAUUACAGCUCUAUGAUGCCCCACCACCAUCAGCCGCUCUUAACCAACCAGAUGACCAUGUCUGCCCACCAGCCAAUCAGCAUAGGCAUCGCACACGUGGUGUGGCCACAGCCCUCUGCUAACAAGAGAAACAAGCCCUGCUUUAACAGAAGCAACAAUUUCACCUACAACACCAACACCCAAAACUCAGCAUGCCAGUCCCCAAAGAUGGCCGACACCACGAGGAAUGUCCCAGAGGAGAGAUUCCCGGAGGCGGGGCGAGCUGCACAGCUAGAACCUGAACCGGAGCAGGAGGAGGAGGCUAGCUGCUGUAAGGCAGGAUCAGACUCUGAAGAGCAGUCUGUCUCUUAUAAGCAGCGGCAGGCCAUGGUGAUGUCUGAUCUGGCCAGCCCCACUGUCACUGUCAUUAGUAUCAGCAGUGAUGAGGAAGAGGAGGAGGAAGAGAGAACACGGAGACACUCACUGGGGGAGUGUAAGGGCAGUGCUGAGUGUGAGGCGUGUCAGAGCACAGUGAGUAUGGAGAGAGUAUGUUCCCUCAGCAGUCCAGACAGCACCCUCAGCACCAGCUCCUCUGCCUCAGCCCAGUCCAGCUCCUCGCCCUGCAAACGCCCCAACAGUAUGUCAGAUGACGAGCAGGAGAGCGGUUGUGACAUUGUGGAUGGCUCGCCUUCCUCAGACUCCACUGGACCUAGCAACAGCCCCUUCACCGAACAACGCUACAUCGCCGACGGCAACCAGAACCGCGGGCCCCGUGUAGCGUGCGUUGCCCCGGUAACGGAGCCCAGAAAGCCGGCGGUGCGCACCAUGGUGGUGCCGCCCAUGAGGGUGCAGAAUAACAACCCCCACCCACACAUCAACGAGACGCUAGGCAACACCAUCUUAGAGUCUUUCCAGUUCAAAGGGCGAGGUAUCCCAGGGCGUCAACCGCACCACUCCAUCCCCCUCCUCAACCGGCCACAGAAGAUCACUGCAUUCCAGCCCCAGCAACAGCAGCCCAUGGGCUUUGGACAGCUCCAGCAUUACGGCUCCUGCCACCAGGAAUGGAAUGGAAACUAUGCCCACCGGCGCCCGCAGGCCUACAUCCCCCCCACUAUGCAUGGGCACUCCUUUACCCUACCCCACGGCAGCCCCAACCACACUACAGGCCCCCGCCAUCACCCCCACCCGCACGGCCAGCAUACCCUUCUGUCCUACCCGCCCAAUGGGCCCCUGGUCACAGCAGCCCCUGUGGCCCACAUCCUGGCCUCCCCUGGGGCUUCACGGCCCGUCCUGCAGCCCGCCUACAGCAUCUCUCACCCAGGCGGUAUCGUCCACCAGGUCACUGUGGGCAUCAACCCCCGGCUGCUGCCCUCGCCCACUAUCCACACCCAGGGCCAGUUCAAGGCCCUCUUCCCCCCGCACCCCUACAUGGCAUCGCCUGCCUACGCCACCUUCCCCCUCAGCCCCACCAAACUCAACCAGUACCCCUACAUCUGACAGGGUCCCGGAGCGGCCCGCCCUCCAGAUGCACCUCGCGCCCCCCGGGGGCCAAGCGAGCAGAAGGGGCCUUCUUCUCAGAAUACACAACAAACAACCACAACAUGGUUUUCAUGUCCAGAGCCAUGGCACAACCACAGAGAAGCAAGCUAUUUUUAUGAAUCAUGUAGACUUGGGUGCAAUUGAACUGUGAGCUAUAAAAAAUAAAAUCACAAAGUUUAGGUGUAGGAUGGUGAAAUGGAGGAUGAGGGGACGGGGGCAAGGAAGGAAGGAUGGAUGGAAUGAUUGAAUGUAGAUAAGUAACUCACUCUCUAUGUGUUUUGCACAUUUAAUAUACCUUCACAUUAGCUCUUCUACCAAUACUCCUCAAAAAACAGGUGACUAAUCGGGUGGCGUUGCUAGGUCAGACUUGGCACCCCCUUAUCCCAGCUAUUUUUCUAUAUUGCCUUCUGAACGUGUGCAAGACACAUCCACAUUUGUAAAGCCAUCCCAGUCUCUAGCUCGAUAGGCCGACAGAUGCACAUGUUCUCCACGGUGGGUGUCGUACCGCGUUUGAAGUAUUUGUACCUUUUCUCAGUGUCUUUGGUGUUUUAAAAAUGUGGAGUCACUUAACCUAUAUAAAGUAGGGUUGUUGCUCCUCAAGCUGCAUGUGAUCUUGCAUGAGCAGAUCAAAAUGUAAACAGGAAGUUGAUAAGUUAGACGUUGCUCUUGUUGUUGGCGUCACGAGACUCGCUGCAUCGUAUACUUGUCCCCAGCCAUAGUGCCUUAUAUAUUUGAGGUGGUUAAUGUUACUACUUAUAUAUAAAUAUAUCCAUGAAUAUAUUGGUGUACUGGACUGCAGCACUUGAAGGUCCUACCAGUCCAUGCAUCCUGUGUGUGUGGAUCUAUAUCCAUGCACAGCCUGCAUGGACGUGAGGUAUCGCGGAUAGCGGUGCUUAUAGUUUGGAUUCAGUGUAUAUUUCUGUAUGUAGUGAGUUACUCUUUUGUUCCUUAAAGAAGGACGGCAUGCUUUGCUGUAGCAAAUGCUCGCUGGUCUGUUUUUAAAUGUUCCUUUUUUGUCGUCGUCCCCCCCGAAUGAACUAGUGUACAAAGAGCAAGCAUUGAAUAUUUGCUUAAUAUUUCAUAAUCAAUUUCUAUUUAGUGAAACUCUUACUACUAACAGUAUUUGUACUGUUCCAUGAAACUGCAAUACAAUCUCUAAAUAGAUGUUGAUUUUCAUUUUUUUGUCUUUGUAUUUAAAAAGUGUUUGAGUGGGUUUUUCUUUGUUCUAGCUGUGUUACAAGUGUGGUGGGCAUGGCUUUGACUAGCUGAGGACAAAAAUGCUAAUUAAUUAACGGUAUGGUUUCUUCUAAGCCUGAGCAGACCAUGCAGUAUUUGAUAUACACACACACACACACGCAUAUAUGUGUAUAUAUAUAUGUGUGUGUGUAUAUGUGUAUAUAUGAGCUUCUACUUAGUGCAGACGCUUAAUAAUGUGUGAGUUUGUCGCGUGCAAUUCUCUCAUUUAUGCAUGUGACAAAGUUAACUUUUUUUCCCUUUACAUUAUACCAUUUGUUUAAGGUUUAUUGGUGUCGACUGCUUAUUUUAUACAUUCCGUCAGGGAGAAUAUAUAUAUAUAUGCUGUGUGCAUUUUUCCGUUUGUUUUUGCUAGUUAUGUGCGUUACGUUUUUCGUCUUUUCAAAUGAAGUUGCUUGUGCAGCACCAAAGACUGUAAUUCAUUUCCUGAGCAAGGUAGCUAGAUAUAUUCUGUUUUUACACAAUAGACCUCUAUCUAGUAUACUGUAGUCGUAGAGCUGGGGUUACAUCUCAAAAAAUUGUAUUUAAAAAAUAAAGAUAAAACAUUUCUAAUACAUGGCUGAGGUUAUGUUUAGCUUUUCCCGGCGAUUUUAAUAAGCCGUAUCAUUUUUCUUGAAUGUAUCAUAGAUAAGCUGCUAUAUGAUCCACAGCUGUGAAAUUAGGUGAUUUCUCUUAGUUCAAAACUAGCGUUCCUAUUUUUGUAUAGGUCCCUAAUUAUCUGAAACAGAAGUGUUUUUUUUUUGUGGGGUUUUGCGUUCAUGUUUGCAGCGUCAUUGUAACUACUGUAUUGCUGAUGAUGGACGUUAGUUGCAUUCGUUCUGUUUUUGGGGGUCUGUGUGUUUUUGAUCAGUAUUUUAUCCUUAUUAACUGUUUUGGGCUCGUCACUGCAUAUAAAUGGAUGUAUCAAUGUCAUUUCAUUUUUGUAUGUUUUCAUAUUGGUGUUCUGUAAACAUGUAAAGCUA